AUGGUGUCCCAGACUUCACAGCUUGUCAAGCUACCACGCGAGCUUCUGGACAACGUCACCAGCUCGUUGCCCACACAGGACUUCAACACACUUCGCCUCGCCUGCAAGGACCUCGAGACCCAACUCUUCGAAUACUGGGCCAAUUGCUUUUUCAAGAAGAGGCAGUUCAUGAUUGAUGAAUUCUCUCUGCAGACUCUUGUCGACAUUUCACGUCAUGAUGCCCUGUCCAAGGUCAUGACUCACCUCGUCAUUGGUCUUGAUGAGAUGCGAGCUUUCAGCAGCCAAUCAUCACACCUGCAUUCCUUCGUCGAGUUUGAUCGAUGGCGAGCUGCUGACUGUGCCCAGAAGGCCCUUCUUUAUGGAGGUGGCGCAGCCGAUCUUCUGUCACAAGCCUUUGUCAACCUACCGAAUCUCAAGAUCAUUGAUAUUCGUGACUUCAACUCCAACACUCGCUAUCGAGAUGCCGCCCCUGGCAAAGGGGUGCCUCAAUGGCGCUCCUAUGGCUCAUCCCACUAUCAGCAGUGGUCCCGUGAAACGCCCUGGCUCAUGAGUCUCAAUUCUCCGACAAACUUCACUGACACAGUAUUCCUUGUCGUUCUUACUGCCGUUUCCCGAUGCUCAACAACGGUGCAGAAUCUAGAAGUCAUUCUACGCAAUCGGCAGAUUCAUCUUGGAGACGAUGCGUUCAGCAUCUCUCGUGUUCCGGACAACCGCCUGGCCAACACCCUUCGUGGUCUUACCAAACUGCAUCUUGACCUGGAUGCGCGUGGCUCAUGGAUGUCUGGACGCCAAUACCCUCUGAGAAUGGUCAUGCCUGAGCACGACUGGUUCGAUCCACACACUGCAUAUCUGCGACGUUUCCUUGCGCUUACACCCAGCGUCACAUGGCUCAGGCUGAACUUCACUCCCUACCAUGGCAGCUCGUCAAUCACCUCUCCCUCAAGGCUGAUCGCGUGGCUGGGGCUGAAAUCCGACUAUGCCCCCCCAUCAGAUGCACCCUGGAGGGAAGGUAAUCCGCCCCCUGUCACGCUCCCGUUACAAAGGUUGGACCUUGGAAAUCUCACAACAACUUCGGCUACCCUUCGUGGACUGCUCAAAAAGUUUGAGAACCUCGAGCACAUCAGCAUGAGGGCUGUUUGGUUGCGAGAUCCUGCGGCCACCUCUGACUCGCAUCUGCACCACACAGACAACAAUGGUGACUGUUUGUGGGCGAGAGUCAUUCGCAGCCUCCAUCACACCAACCCAAAACUGAAGCAGGUCGAACUGGAUAACGUCUUGCAAGAAACAUCUGGCAAACGCAACGCCAUCGUUUUCUACAACGAAGACAAGCCUGCGGAGUAUGCUGUUUCCACCAAAACCCGAGUCAUUGAUACCACAACCUUAGAGCGGCUCGCUGAAAACACCUGGACCGAAACCCGCUGGUACAAAUCGCAACGAAAUGGUGAAAGCAUGGAUGAGGAUUCACUGGAUGAGGACUCAGCGGACGUUGACAUCGACGAUGAACUAGAGAUAGACACCGACGGAGGUGAGGCAGAUGAGUGA